CAACAAAACUCAUCCUGGGAUGAGGACAGACAAUGAGACAUCUACAAACAUGAUGUUGAUGAUGAUGAUGAUUCGCAGCUCAGUUGUUGUGUAGCAAUGUGUGAAAUGGGGAAAUAACGAUAUGGCUUAUGUGAACGUAGCGGAAUGGAGCCCCGAUCAGGUGUCCGAGUGGCUUAAAGGCCUUGAUGAUGUCAUUUUACCAUACAUUCAUUACUUUGUUAAUAAUCAAGUUGAUGGAAAGAGGCUCCUCCAGUUAACUCCUGAUGAACUUCCAUCCUUAGAUGUUACGAAAAUUGGCCACCAAGAGAUAAUCCUCCAGGGUGUGGAGUUACUCAGAAAUAUUCAUUAUCAGCUAUAUCAGGAGAAUGUACAGUUCUUGGCCCUUCGCUUGAGUUCCAAAGCCAGAAGCAUCUAUAACGAGUUGCGAAUUGUUACGUCGAACAGGAAUGGUGGAUGUGGAAGUGCAGGAGAAGACGAAGAUGGAGAUGAUGACAAUGAUAAUAGGAUUGAUCAUAAUGGAGAAAAAGAAAAGAAAAAGCAGGAAAGAGUAUCAACAGCUAUCAUCGCUGGGGUGUCGGAUGUUUUGGCAUCGGUGAAGGGGCUAGUGUCAUGGUUAAAUAGGCAACCUUUUGCUGGUGUGGAACAGUAUGAUUGCUUGAAGAACAGCUUGGUAGAAUUAAGCAUAAGGUUGGCAACCAUUGCUCAACGUGAUAUGUUUGCGGAAAAUCAGGCCACAGUCAUAUCACAGUCAUGCUACAAAUUUGCUCAAAUAUCUGACAAGAUAAUUCAGGAAUAUAGUGAUCCACUUAUCAUUCAGCCAGCGACAUUAGACAUUGCUACAAUAAAAAAGAAAGCUGAUGAUGAAUUGGGAGUAAUGCUACAAGGAUCAUACCAUGGAAUCCACCAAGUAUCUGGGGUUCGCAACCUCAGCCCUGCACAUCAGUGUGGCAAACUCGAAGAGGGGGAUGAACUUGUUCAAGUCAACUACCAAACAGUAGUUGGCUGGAAUCCUCACAAGGUUUUAGCUAUAAUGCAGGAAUCACCAGUAGAGGUAAUUUUGACCGUCAAGAAGCCACCCCGACAUGCAAAUACUCAAAUAUACUUCAAACCUUUUCGUCUUCCUAGUAAAAAACGCACUUAUUCUCCCUGGGCUAGUUAUGUUGGGGCUUCAAACCGCUAUGAUCUCCAUAGUACUAUUCCAAACCUACCAUUGGCAAGGCAUGUUGAAAAAGAGCCAGUGACACUUGUGACUGAACCUGAACCUCGUCCAAAAUCAUCAACACCACCUCCUCCAGCAGCUACACCUUCACCAAAAACAGUACCCUCAAGCAAUAUAACAAACCCUUCUGGGAGUGAUUCUGAUGAAUCUGAUUUGGAGGACGAUGCUUUCCUAUCAGAUGGUGAAUUCUGUGGCUCUUCUCCUUUAAGUGUUCGAUUGUAUCAUCCAAAGCCUCGAGCACCAGUUCAGCGUCGUGCUACUAUUCCUGGUGCUACAGCCCGGCCUACAUUUAUUAUAGAUCAGCUACUGCAAGAUGUUAGAUUGAGUCGUGGAGCCCUUCGAGGAUUUCCAGAUUCUAUGCCUUCAGAUCCUGACCUCCUUCGAGGAGCCAAUGGAAGUGAUCACCGAAUAACACGUCCUCACACAUGUAUUGGUACAGAAGAUAAGAGAGGUUUAGGUCGCAGAAGCAUUGAUAAUAUUUUGAAGGAAGACAGACAUGAUACUGAAAGUGAAGAAAGGUUACAGUCGUCUGAGAAUGUUUCAGGAAGAGAGAUUGGUUCUGAAUGUAAAAUAACAGAGAAAAGAGUGGUUAACAUAAUUCCAUUACCUCCAAGAAAGCCUACUUCCCACACUAUUGUAGGAGGGCAAGACCAAGGCAGUUCUGUAACAAUUUCUCAUCGCACCAUGAAAAAUGAGAAAAGUUCUCAGGGGUCAUCAAUUCCCAGCAAAUCUCAGCCACCUGUGCCAUUGUCCCAGUUAGCCACUGUUGAUAAAUCUUCAAGGCUGUGUCAGGGGUCUGAAUCAACUACUGAUGGGCAUGGCAAGGUGAGACGUGUUUCUGAGGACAGACCAAAGUUGGACAAAAGUCACAGCACACCAGCAUAUGAUAUGGAAGAUGAAGGAUCCAUUCCAGUCAUUUCUCCAAUUAAAACAUCAGACAAGUCACCACCUGCUCAUGCAUCGCCUUCCUCUUCAUCAUCAUCCUCUACCUCCACUAGUACUACAGCUUCUUCAAAGUUUUUCAACUCUUAUGAUCAAAAAUCGUCUUUAAUGCCUCCUCCUCCUCCUCCACCAGUACCACAGCAGGGGUCUUAUUGUGCCAGAAAUAUAUCAUCUGAGGUUACGGCCGCUAUAUCGUCAAAUAAUGGUGAUGGGGUUAAAAAACACUUCCGAUCACAAGUGGUCUUCCCUGUGGUCAUAGCUGCAACUGCUGCCUGUAAUGCAUCAUCUUGUGGGAGCAUUGGUAACACUGCAAGGGGCGAAGCUGUUGAGAAUGGUGCAGGACCUAUUUCUAGCAAUGCUAAUGUUGAGGAUGACAGUGUUCAUGAAGAAAAACUGCAUGGCAGUGGUAGUGGUGAUGGUAGUAACAGUGCUAGAAAGUGUAGUAACAGUAGUACUGGCAGUGAAAAGUCUAAAGUAUCUCUGACUGUGCUGCAGUCAGCUGCUGCUCUUUCAUCAGCAGCUGAAGCUUCUCAUCUUUCUUCUUCCUCCACUUCUACAACUGCUGUGGUCUUGAGAGAGACACGCAGCAGUUCUCCUUCAGUAUGGCGUCGAGGACUUCUGGUCACUGACCAGGGAAGCCGACGUAUCUCCUGCCGAGAGCUGGGACAAGGGGACCAUCAAGGUUGGCUAUACCGACGUCGUGAUAACAAGGGCUUCCUGUUGUCCCAUCGAUGGGAGCGGCGAUGGUUUAUCCUGAAGAAAAAUUACUUGUAUGGUUACCGAGACAGGGAGGCUGUGCGUGCAGAUUCUUUGAUAUAUCUUCCUGGUUUCCAUGUAUGUCCAGCUAGUGAUGUGAAAUCAAAGAAAUACGCCUUCAAAAUAUAUCAUUCAAGUGGGGCAACUUUUUACUUCGCAUGUGAUACAAGUGAGGAAAGGAGUCGUUGGAUGAGCCAGAUGGGGCUAUCUGCCAUCUCUUCCUUGGCAGUUCAUCACCGUCAACAAACAACCCAGCAACAAAAUCACUGGGAAGAAGUAUACUACAGUGAAACUGACGAGGAACUUGAAGAUCGAACGUCUCCCUCACGGCGCUCUCCACAAGCAAGCCAAGCAAGAGUGUCUCCUAGUCAAGAAAACAUUGGUUCCUUAUGGCGAGGUAGUUCAGCUAGCCCAUCAAGGGGGCCUCAGCCACGUGGUUCACAUCUUGGUUCCUUGGGAGGAGGAAAAAAUACUGCGCUUAGAUUUUUGCAACCGGCCAGGGACAACAAUCAGCCAGUGCCAACAGCAUCAUUCAGAAGUUACAGACGAGUCAGUGAAAGUAAUAGCCGAAGCACAUCUACAGGCGAUCUUAGAGGUACAGCAAAGAUGGAACCACCCAACAGUUCAGCAGGUGAAGACAAAGGAUCCCAUACUGGUGUCACACGAAAGAAUAGCUUUCGUGAUCGUCUUAAGCAGAUACCAGCAUCUUUCACUUUAGAACGACGAAAAGUUUCAACAGGUCGAGCACCUAUAGUUCAACAGGAUCAGCAAAAGCAGCAAAACAGGGUUGUGCAAAGUAUAAAUGUAUCAGACCACACAUACCGUAAUUUGGACACUGUACACCAAGAUAAUGUAGUAAAACAGAGAGAUCCUGAAAACAGUUAUCCACAUAAUUUUCUUACUCAUGCUGAAGGUCAUACUAGUGAAGAGGCAAGUUUGGAAGAAAGUAACAAUCCUGGAAAUGUCCAUCGUCCUCGUUAUAUGCAUCCUACUUGUGCUAGUAGUCAUCACAUGCCAGUUAGGCCAUCAUCAGUUGAUUUGGAUUCUAGAAGUAGUCCAAGUAGAGUUGGGAAUGGAAGAUGGUGUGGGUCACCUCCCUCCAGUGGAAGGUGUAGUCCUUCAAAACUGGAAUAUCACAACAGAAGGGGCAGUGUUGGUGGGGAAUCACCUGUGAGAUCAAGAUCUCCCAGGAGAGGUUCAUUAGAUUGCCUUGCAGUUUCUCAUCCUAGAGCUUUGUCCCCUCCAAUUUCUCCUCUAAAUACACCAACACGUAGUUCUCAUGGAUCUACUAGUAGUUUACUGGCAUCAGAAGAGUAUCGAGAAGGUUCACCAGAAAAGCUCUGGAUUAGUUCAUUACGGUCAGAUGCAAUCAAGCAACGACCACAUAUACGUCCAUCCCCAGAGAAAAGGAAUGGUCGUUCACGAUCAGCAUCGGGUGAAGCUCAUGUUUCUGAAAGAUUAAAGCGUACUGCACUCUACCAUCCUCCUCAGGUUAGGAAUCGAGGAGAUUUAAUGAAACCUGCAUUUGAAUUGGUAUUAGACCCAGUUACUGGUUUUGCACAGUUAACUGUUGAGAAUAAGGACAAAUCAAGUAUUAGUGUAUCUUUAAGUCCUACACAGCCAGUGUUAGGAACUGGGCAAAAUGACAGUCCCAGUAGUGGAAAACUUACUAAGAAAGCCCAAGUAAAAGAAGCAGCUGUCCGAACCAGUACCACUAGAAACCCUGUUGCUCCACGUCCUGAAGUGCCUCCAAGAACAAAGUUUUUAACCCCAAGUGAAAGAACACUUCCCAUUUCUACCUCACUGUCAGGAAGUACUCCGGUAAUAACUUGUAGAUCCUGUAGCCUUUCUCCCUCACCAUCAAGUGUGAGUAUCACAUCUACCAAAUCUACAUCAUCCCUGCCUGGAGUGCUCUCAUCCCUUCACUCUCGACCAGCUACUUCUUUAGCUUCUUCAUACGAAGAGUCUUCAGUUGCUAAUAUAAAUAGGUUGGCUCCUAAACCAGUCCCAAGCCUAACCAUAACAACUUUAGCAGAAGAAACAACUGAGACUACAAGAACACCACUAAAGCCUGCAAUGGGUGUAGCUAUGAUUGGAAAGCAGCGUCGAACUCCAGCAGUGAUGUCACCUCGUGAAGUCUUUUUCACCUCUCCACCAGCUUCUCCUACAGUUCCAUUUUCUUCAAAUGUUCCACCUCUCUCAUCACCAGCCUUACAGGCAGUAGCUAUACCAUCAUCAACUUCACAUUCACUGUCUCUGAGUACUCAGAAUAAAGUAGGAAGGAAUCAGAAAGUCCUUCCUCAUUAUCCAGGCAUGGAGUAUCCACCUGUAUUUGAGCCAGGAUCAUAUUCAUUGUGUGGCAGCCCACCUGAGCCAUCUGUACUUUAUCAAAAUCCAAGUGAAUUGAAGUUGGGUUAUGCUAGCAGUGAGACAGAUUCCUUUUCUGUCUCUCAUUCAAACUUUGGAGCCUCAGAUUCUUCACUGGAUAUGGAAAGCAGCAGUAGUUGUUCUGAUAUGCAACACCAAAGUGACGUUUCCAGUAAAGAUUUAAUAAACCAAAGAUGUGUAAGUGGAAUAAAUAAUACAAGUGCAUCACAUCAAAAUAAUUUUUACUUGAUGAAUCCGCCAGGCACAAGGUCACCUCAAAAUGUAUAUGUUUCAACACCUGUGGGUUCACGCUCUCACCAGAAUCUGUAUGUUACUUCUCCAGGAGGUAGUAUUUCAAAUCAAAACUUGUAUGUCACCUCGCCAACUGUCAGGUCAAGCAGUCAUCAAAAUAUUUAUGUCACAAGUCCAGUUGCUGCGUCGACUCCCUACAGCAGUUCUACAGCUGCUGUGUAUUCAACCACACAAGUCAUUAGUGUAAAUAGUGGAAAUAGUUCAGGUGUUUCACCUGAAGGCAUUGAACGGCAUAGACCUUUUAAUACUUGCACAGUCAUUGAGGAAAGCUCGAGUGAAGAUGCUCUGCUUGCAGCAAGGAGCCGGAACAGGUUUCCCCAAAAUCGUCAGGGUUCCCCUAGGUUACAUCUGCCAGGGCCACCGGAGUCUCCCCCAAGUGAUGAUGAAGGAUGUAUGAUCAGUCACCCACAAGGAGAAUCAACUAUUUAAAAGCAGUUGCUCUUAAGUGCAUAGAAUUAAUUUUUUCUUUGUAUACAUCUGAAGGGUAGCCAUUAAUUUCAUUCUUAAAUUUCCAUAUAGUUCAAUUUUCAGAAUUCAUCCAUAUUCAUAUUGUAGUGUGUGUGUGAUAAUUUGAAAGGUCACAUAAUAGUUUAUUUAAGGUAAGUUGGCAGUUAGUAAUGAUUUUCCAGUCAGGCUGUAUAUUCCUUCGUUUGUAAAGGAGUACGUUUAGUUUAUGAAUUGUUAUUGUCUUGGCCAGUCACUAUUUUAAUAGAAUAUGAAGUCACUGCAGUGCAAAUUUCAGUAUUUUAAUAAUAAGUCCAUGACAUUUCAUUGGAUUAUCUUUGGAACUGGGAGAAAAUCUGUAGCCUAAUUUUUUAAUUGCAUUACAGUCAUACCCCAAACUUACAUGAGGUUAAGUUCCCGAACCCCUCGUGCAAUUCCAAUUUUCACAUAAGUUUGGGAUUCUCUAAAAAUGUCGAUAAAUGUUUAUUUCAAGAGUUUUAACACAUAACUUUGACCUUAACCAUGCUCCAAAAGUAUUAAGCUAACAUUUAAAUGAAAUUAAAGUUAUUGUAAUUUAACUUAAACGUUAGCUUAUACAUUACCCUUAAAAAAAAUAAAUGGUUGUAAAAACUGAAUAAGUAGCGUAGAGAAAUUUCUCUCUCCCCUUCUGGCUGUUCUAUUUUUAGCAACACCCCUUCCCUCAUAUGUCAAGUGAAUUGACAGUUCCCUCCCAACCCCUCCCCAUCGAAGUCACAAGAUCAGGGAAGACUGGAAUACUAUGUAGGUAUUUUUAAUUUUGUAUAUAAUUUACAUAUCGGGGGGGGGGGUUCCUUUAUUGGCAGGGUGCUGGUAAGCGAAAACUGCUAUUAACCGAAACUCGCCAGUUUAUGCAGUUUACAGCACCAAGUUUCGGUGAAUGGCACUGAUAACCAGUUAAUGGUGCCAUAACUAUUAUUGGCACCUUAUGAUGCCAAUAACUGAAACUUGGCCCAUUAUAACGGCAUAAAUUGCCAAUUUUAUGGUGCUAGACAAGUCCCAUAAAACCAGAUUGCCAUAGACCGAGUCUGCCAAUAACUGGGGACUUCCUGUAAUUUCACAUUCUCCUAUGCAUAACAAAUCUCUCUCUCAUCUCUGAGAGAGAAUACUUAAGGGUGUGAAAUUAUCAAUUAUGAUGGGAGAGAGACAGAGUGAGAGAGAAAAUAUCCUAUGACCAGCUUUUGACAACUCUCCCCUCUUGCUGCCACAUUAAAUUGAUUUAUUUGACAGGUAUGGCAUCCAGCAAGUUAGCAAAAAGAUGAAGGAAAGGUUUUAUCUCUCUUUUGUAUUACAUACAAAUUUGUAAUUAGUACAGUUCAUAUUACUGGCAGUCCCUGGUUAUCAGCAGCGGUUCCAUUCUAAUGGCUUGAUGAUAGGCGAAAACUCUAAUUGGCGCCGAUAACCGGAAAUCUGUGGUUUUUGGCCCUAGACAAGCCCUAUAGAACUGGAUCGCCUAUAACCAAGGCCACCGAUAACCAGGGGACUGCCUGUACUAUUAUUAUUUUGGAAGGAGACCCUCUUUCAAACAGGUAUUAUUGAAAGAAUAUUGCUGCAUCAGCUGCAUUCAACUUGUAAAGAUUCUUCUGUAUUUUUCUAAUAACAGCUCUCUUUCUCUUACUACAACUGGCAAGUAAUGUACCAAUGUGAUUGAUUCAUCAGGAGGAAUCAAUUUCAGGAAUAUCUUGCAUUAGUUUAUUAUAGAAAGUAAGUAAAAUAUGUGCAUAGCCCAUAGGGCUAAAUACACUAUUAUAGGUAUAAAUCAAUGUUAGGUGUAGUUAAAAUCUUGUAGUGACCAAAGUUUCUCUCGUUAUCAUCCAAGUAGGAUCACGGCAAUGAGCCGGAGUAGACUAGAUAUUGUCAGGAUCUGCUAUAUAGUGGUAGGUCAGUAGGGGUCAGCUGCACGCUGAAUUCUCAUUGGUCGGUGGCGCAGUGGUUUCCUCCUAUUGGCUGGAGAAAGUUUCUCUCAAGCCACUUCUCAUCAUUAAAGUUCUCACUGCUGCAACCUGGCAGACCGUCGAAGCUGGGGCAUGACGUCAAUAGGUGUUGCGUGAUGUUGAUGGGUGUUGUGUGACGUCACAGUGACUCAAAUUUUCAUUGGCAGCUGGGCCGCUUGUCUUCUCUGGUAUUUGUGGGCUGGGGGUAUUGCUUGGUCUGGUGUUAUUCAUAUAUUCAUAUGCCUUCUUAAGUUAGUGGGGAGGAAGAGAUUGUCCCGUGAGAUAUUUAGUGAGGGGUUCUGCUGUUGUAUAAGGAGUGCUUCCAGUACAGUGUUAACCCAUAUUUGCAGGGGAUGGGUACCAGACGCCUUUGCGAAUACCUAGCAUCCGUGAAUAGUUGAAACUCCUAUAAUAAAAAUGCUUAAAACUGCCUAUUUUGUUACUUAAAACACAAGAAAAACCUACUAAAUUUGUUUAUACCUGUAUUUUUUUAAUAGUUUAUCUCAAAAAGUGAAAAAAUUUUAUGAUGAUGAAAUUGAUAAGAAAAAGAAUUUUUUUUAUAUUUCUCAUAGAAAAAUACUGCGAAUUUCCUGCGAAAAAUGAGGGUAUAUGCUCCAGAGAGAAAUCCGCGAAUACGGAGGGUUGACUGUAGUCACAAACGCCGCUGGUCAAGGGACCUUAUUAUCGAAUGUACCAGGUUGGAGAACCGCGACCGUCAACGAUGAGAAGUGGCUUGAGUGAGACUUUCUCCGGCCAAUAGGAGGAAAGCACUGCGGCACCAACCAAUGAGUAUGUAUUCAGCAUGCGGUUGACUCCCACUGACUUACCACUAUAUAUUGAGUAGAUCCUGAAAACAUUACCAGUCUACUCUGACCCACUGCUGUGAUCAUACUCGGAUGACACGGAAAGAAACUUUGGCCACUACAAGAUUUUGGCUACACCUAACAUAGGUUUAUACCUAUAGUAAUUCAUUUAACCCUAUGGGCUAUGCACAAUGCACUCCAUAGUUUUUACUUUCUUUCCAUAAUAAAUUUAUGCAAAAUAUCCCAGAAAUUUACUCCUCCUGAUGAAUCAUAUCAGUGUGUUUCUCAUCAGUUUUAGUAACAGAAAGAAAGUUUUUAUUAGAAGAAUAGAAAAGACUCUUUACAAGUUCAGUGCAGCUGAUGCAGCAAUAUCUUUCAAUAAUACCUCUUAUUAUUGUUGUUAUUUAAUCUUAUUAUUUGAAAAUUAAAGCUUAUUAUUAUGUAAAUAAUUUAUUCAUCAUACAAAAAUAAACAUACAUGUACCAUAAAAAUUCUCUCAUUUUAUAAAAGAAAAAAAAAGAGAGAGAAUUAGUAUUUUUAUUAUUUAAUGUUAGUCACUAAUUUAAACAUAAAAGCUUGAAAACUUACGAAUUACAUAAAAAAUUAAACAUAUACUUUUGCAGGGCUUCUCGAGGAUUCACAAAAACUAGUGUGACUGGAAAAACUCGCAUAUGACAAUUAGUUGGGUUCCAAUGAAAAGUUUGUGCUAUUGUGAAUUCAUGUAACUCAAAUUGCGCAAGUUCUGGGAAUGACUGUAAUGACAAAUGUUGCAAAAGUGCUUUAAUUCUAAGGGCACUUGAUCAUACAGUUUGCAUUUGUAUUGUCAAGUUGUUCUCCAGCAGUAAGCACUCUCGAACUGUGACACUUAACCCAAAAGUUUACUGUGGUUUAUGGAGUUUGUGAUAAUAAUCAAAUUCCUGUCAUUGGAAAAUAUCCAAGGGCUGUUCAAGUUUUCAGGAGCCCUUUCAUAAGUUGCACCUUCACCAUGUCUUCUUGUAAUAGUUACUCUCAUGCCAUAUUUUCUGUAGAAGGAAUGUGCUUUAUCAAUCACUUAAUGCAGUACAGUUUUAAUGAUGUGUUCAUAAUUUGCAAUGAUUUGAUAAUGCAUGACUUAUACCCAAAGCUUUUUCAAACAUGUUAUUUUAUUGCAUUAGAAAUAUCAUAGUGUAUGGAGUUUUAUAAAAAAUAUUUUUAGCACUGAAAACUGAUGAAUGGAUUGCUAGCUACAAGAAAAAAAAUUUCUCAUUAGUGAUGGUAUUUUGUAAAAUUUCUGAAGGUUAUUGCUGGGUAUGGAAAGCAAGGUUUGUUGUGCAAAGCGAUUUCAUUAUUGUAGAUUUCAGUAUUGAGAGAAAAGUUUUAAAAUCAGUUCUUUAGUUUGUAUGCAGGUUAGUGAGUUUCCUUCUAAGUUAUAAUCCCACAUAUUUUUUUUCUACACUGGUGAAAAGGGUGCUUUUAAAAUCAUUGUUAAAUUUUAUAUUUAGUACAUAUAAAACAAGGAAAGGAUGAACAAUAUGUCAAGUAAAUCGUGAGAUAUUUUUAAAGUUCAGUGGACAGAUGUUUGUUUUGAAUAUCUCCCUACUUCAGGCACCAUAGCAUAGGGAUUAAUUUUGGAUUUGACAUUAACAGUAGUAAUUAUUUUUUGUAUGUGACUAUAUUCCUAGAAAUUGUCAUGUGUUCAUAGUAAUUGCAUUUAUAUCCUUACCAAACUUGUCAUGCACAAUAAAAUAAGUUUAAAAGUGGCUGUUCUUUGGUUAAAUGAAGAAUAAGGUCACUUGAAAAGCACCAUUUGAAAAGUCUUACACCUUACUCAGUUUCAUUUGGAACUUGAUGUAUGUAGAGUGCUUUUCAGAACUUUAUUUUCUGUUACAUACAGGACAACAUUGAUAUUAUUGAAAGCUAAAAAUUUAGAAUAUUGUGUCAUGUUUGUUAUGUAAAUGUCACCAUCAUCAUCAACAUCUCGUGUAUUUAGGCUUUUGUUGUGGUGUUGAUGAACUUGGUUAUCUGACUGUGCAUAUUAGGUGUAAUCAGUGUUCAUGUAACUUGCUUUUUGUUUUCCAUCCAUUUUCGUACUGGAACAGUAUGAUGGGUUUGCUUAUUGUACCUCUCUUGUUUCUGUCUAAGAGAGCUAUGUUUUCACCAAAGUUAUAGAAAAUAGUUUUUGCUUUGGACACAGGUAACCUAUUCAUGAACAGUGAAAUGUUAAUCAUGAAGUCGACUUUCUCAUUCUCUUACCAUGAGAGCAAUUUCUCACAGGUUUACCAUUUUCUAUUGGUCUUAUUUUUAUUUAUUUUUUUGUACUUCUUACUUACCCAAACUCAGCACAACCAAAAGCCUUUCCAGGUGGGAAUCUGAUCGUAAUUCUCAUUCUGCCCACAUUACUGUGAUGGAUAGAUAGCCCAAAUGGCUUUGAUGGUUUAUACCAGAGUUUGCGGUGUCAUCAUGGCUGUAGAGCUUCUACCUUAAUGUUCUUCUGUGAUUUGCAUCUAUAAAAUUCAAAAUUUUAGAAGUUUUUUGCCAUCUUUCGGGUGGUGUUUUUUUCCUUUUUUUUGUAAUAUAGAUGGGAUGAGGAUGCUAGGUGUUGCUGUAGUUAAGCACAUUUGCUUGAAGACAGACUUGUACUAGAAGUUUGUAGCCUCCAUUGACAAGGACUCCACAUAAAACUUUUUUUUUGUCUUGGCCAAAAUACUUGGGUGUUUAGGUAACAUUUGGGUUUAACAUUAGUAGGGGAAAAUUUACUCUAGAAACUUUGUUAGCACUCAUGAAGACACAUGAAGACAGACAUCAAGAAGUUAUUUGUAAUGAACAGCAAUUUCAUGUACAGAACUUCAAAUUAACUUCAGUCAAAAAGUGAGAAAAAUUAUCUGAGAAAUCAGAUGGUCAUCUUGUUUUAAUAAAUGCAGUAAAAUUUGUCCUUGCAAAACUAGAGGGGCCCCAAUUCAAGAAGCUAAUGUGAGCUUUCAGAGAGGCAUCUUGUGUUUGGUAUGUUCAUUGCAAAAAGCAAACGCCAGCCUUAUCAAAGAAAGGUGUCAAGGUAGUAGUGUUUGUACGUAUAUGAACAGGUGAUACAAUUGAAGAUAUUUUGCAAUUGAUAUGCAUUUUAUUAAAAUUAUACAAAUGGGUAUGUUUUUUAUUGAGAUUUUCAAAUCUAGGAUGGUAUAUUGUCUCAUUAAAAUGUAAUUGGAAAAAAUAUAUUUUUUGGAAAUUGUAUUGCAACCAAAUGUGCUGUGACCCAUUUCCUAAUUUAUCUUUUACAUAGACACAUAUCUGCUUUUAUUACCCCAGGUAGGCUCCUUUCUUGGGAGCGUCUUGCCUCUUCCCAGGGGGACAACGGCUUGGUUGAAGCAAGUACUAGUACUGCAAUUUUUCUUCAGCCAAGUAUUUUCUUCUCUUUGCCUGAGAUGGAUCAUUUCUCAAGGACAAACUUAUGCAAUCAGGACAAUUAACAAAAAUAUGGUGGAUUCCAGCACAUGUGGGAAUUGAAGGAAACAAAAAAGCAGAUACAGCUGCCAAGUAAGCUUGCACUAUUCCAUCAACACAUGCCCCAGUAUCAAACUAGAUAACCUCAAUUAAGCCUGUAAUAUAUUAAAACUGGCAAAUAGAUUGGACAUCAGUGCUAACUACAAACAAACUGAUAGCUCAGUCGACAAAGUAUCCACAGACGACUUCUGCUACUCCUGCCAAAGUUUUUUUUGCUUCGGCAACAGUCUUUUCAAGGAGGAAAGUCAUGUCCUUGAAACACCCCGCUCCAACCUUUGGCCCUCUUUUAAGUCCUUUAAGAAGUCAUCCACCAAGACUUCCUAAAAGUGAGUCUCCAGUCCUUCGUGCUCCUGUCAGGGCCAGACUGUACCUAUUUUCAGGGGAAUGGAGUUACAAGGGGGCAGAACCUUGGGUGUUUCAGGUUCUUCAAAGAGGUUACUCCAUUCUUUUCCAGGAAAGAACCACUUUUCCACGUAUCCCAUUACCUUGGCAACUUACUCUGCAAGAUCAGAGAGGUUUUUUGGCUCUAGUGGAAUAAGUACAAUCUCUGAUCAGGAAAGUUCAAGGUCCUAUCCAAGACCUGGAUCCGUGCUUUCUCUUUUAGAUUGUUACGUUCUUUGACUUCCAGGAGCACUCGACAUCUCUCAAUUUCUUACUUGCCUGAUGCCCAGCUCCUCUGGUGCCAACUCAUGCUCGUAGUGUAAGCCGGCUCCCGCAUUCCCAACACUCCCAUCACUUAGCUCCUCAGGCACCAGUCACAGCCUGAUGCCAGCUCAUGCUCUGAGUGGCCGCCAGCUUCAGAAAGACUAGCUCACCUGACGCCCAGCUCCUCUGCCACCAAAUCAUACUCAGUGUACACCAGCUCGCCUGGCACCAACUACGUACAGUCUGGCUCUAACUCUUCCUACAAGCUUCCAGUAGUGCUC